AUUAAAUAGAUUAGUUAAAUUAGGUUAUAUCCAAACUCGAUUUUCCAGAAGCAGAGCAAAGCACGAACGAUUUGAAUCUCAAAUCUCUGAAUUUGAGUUAGGGUUUUAAAAAAAUACAUGUACAACGGAAUCGGACUGACAACCCCUCGAGGGUCAGGCACCAAUGGUUACAUUCAGAGCAACAAAUUCUUCGUAAAGCCGAAGACGAAUCGGGUAACCGAUUCCACCAGACCUUUCGAGGCCGAUCAAGGCACCGCCGGUCUCACCACCAAGAAACCCAACAAGGAAAUCCUCGAGCAUGACCGCAAGCGUCAGAUUGAGCUCAGGCUUGUGGUUUUGGAAGAUAAACUCACUGAACAAGGUUACACUGAAUCUGAGAUCGCCGAGAAGCUUGUCGAGGCCAGGAAAGCUCUCGAGAAUGCCGAGCAAGAGAGAGAUGAAGAAGAAGGAGAAGUUGUUCCUACGCCUACUCGUCAACAAAAGUUAUCUGAUACUCAGACCCACCAAGUUGCUGCGAGGAAGGAGAAGCAGAUGGAGACCUUUAGGGCUGCUCUUGGAAUUGGGGUUUCUGAACCUGGGCUUCCUCCUUUGCCAAGUCGUCGAAAAAAUGACGAUGAGCGCGAGCAUUCCUUUCUGAAUAGAGAUCCACCUGUUUCUGCAGCACUGGAUGUGAAUGAUCUUAAGGUGAAAGCAGACAAGAAAAAAGGUCAAGCUGUUCAAGAUGAAGAUGACAAGUUGCAACAUCGGAAAAAGAAAAAAGAAAAGAAGAGAUCUAGGCAUCAGGACUCGGAUACUGAUACAGACAGCAGUGUAGAGCAUUCAAAGAAAACUGCUCGCAAGAAGAGUCGUAAGCGUUAUGAUACUGAGAGUAAUGAUUCUGAUGACCAUGUCAGUCGAAAGAAGUCAAAAAAAUCAGAGAAGAAGCGCACUAGAGGCAGACCUAAUGAUAGACAGGGUAGUGAAUCAGAUUCUGAUUCAGAUAGGGCAAGAGGUCUAAAAAAGGAAACAGUUAGGAAAAGUCGUCAUAGGCAUGACUCUGAUUCUGAUGGUGUGAAGGAAAAGAAGAGAGGUGAAGUUCAAAAACAAAAGAUUGAGCUGUUUGGUAGGCUGAGGAGAGAGCGGGGCAAUAUGGGUAACGAAUCUGAUUCUGAUGCUGAAAGACAAAGAGGCCGAAAAAAAGAAACAGCUAAAAAAGGUCGUAAUAGGCAUGACUCCAUUGUGGAUGGCUCUGAUUCUGAUGACGAGAGGGAAAAGAAAAGAGGUGAAAUUCAUAAACGAAAGAAUGAAUUAAUUGGGAGUCAAAGGAGAGAGAGGGACAACAUGGGUAGUGAAUCUGAUUCUGAUGCAGACAGAGGGAGAGACCGUACAAAGGAAUUAGUUAAGAAAGGUCCUCGUAGGAAUGAUUCCAGUGAGGACGAUUCUGACACCGCUGGUAGGAGGGGAAGGAAGAAAGGUGAAUAUGAUUCUGAUGGGGAUAGAACAAGAGAUCCUAAAAAGGAUAUAGUACAGAAACAUGGUCAUAGGUAUGAUACGGAAGAUGAUAGUGAUUCUAGUGAAAGUGAUGAAAAAGUAGAGAAGGGUAGGGGAGGAGGUAGAAGACAUGAUUCUGGUGAUAAAAAUCCCAAUUCAUCCUAUGGCAGAAGUGGCAAGGCUACGGCAGCAAGAGAAAGGGCUGCUAGGAGAUCAGUCUCCCCGAGAGAUGAUAGUGAUGGAAGCUCUGGUGAUUCUGACAAACGCGAUGUAAAGCAUCAAACCAUUGUAAAGAACAAUGCUGUUGACAAAGACAGAAGAGGGACAUAGAGGUGAUGAUGACAGUCAUUAUGCUAGAGGUAGUCGUCGAUAUCAAGAAGAAAAGGACUUUGCAUCUUCUGAGGCCAAGAAUGAUGAUAGAAGAGGAAGAACCCUAAAUGAGGGUGAUAGAUUAGAGAGAUUGCAGAAAUCAGAAAACAAUAGGGAAAUGUUGAAGGGCAAGAGGAAGUUCGAUGAUGAAUACCAUGACGAGCAGCCUGAAUCAAAGUCAAGAAGUCGAAACUUAGGAAGGGACAUGGAGCAAAAAA